UUCUGCUUCGGUUUAAACAUGUUCACUGGAAACAGUGUUACUAUCUUCGGUUUACUGCAGGAUAAAUUAAUAAUGGAGUAAUAGUAAGUCAGGAGGGAGGUGGUUUUAAGAGGGAUCUCGUUUCACUUAAUGUUGUUUAAUGAGCCUUCAUCCUUCAGUUGUUUUCUUGUACGACUCCCGGAAAAUAACAAGAGGAAGCUGACUUUGUUGGUCAUCCUCCACGGCGAUAUGAUCCAGGAUAGGUUUGCUAAGAAUUGGUAAUUACAAGUAGCCACUAAUACAUAACGUUAGGUGGUUUAGGUUAAACGACGGCAGUUCUUCUACAUUUAAGCCAGGUGACCUCAAGGAAGAUACACAGUCAACAAAUAUGGAUCAUGACUUAGCAUGUGAUGAGCGCAAACAGGAAGACAGUGAUAUUGCCUUGAAUGUAAAUCAGCAACACUGUGAAGAUGGACUCAACCAACAAACCUCAUCACCUGCAUCCUUGUACAGAGACAAUGGAGAAAACAUGGAGCAGGACAGCGAUGCAGCUGAGGAGAGGAUGGUGCCUUCCAGAGGAGGACUUCCGCCUGAUGAUGGGAGUUGCGGUGAUAACAAUGAUACCACACCAAUAAAUAAGGAGUCAAAAGAUAAAGUUGGAUAUGACGACACUGGAGAGGGGAAAGUACGAGAAUCAACCACUUCUUCAACCAAGGGUGACAAAUACAAUGAUCCAGUAGAUGGAACCAAAGCCAGCCUUAAUGUAGAACCCACAGAUGUCAAGGACACAAACACUGAAGUUCCAGAGGCUUUGGAAUCAUUCAGUGAACCAAGUGCCCCCAAAGACAUGGCAGAGCAAAACACAGCCACCAACCCCAAGAACACAGCAGGUGACAAGAAGGGAGACACAAAUAUGGAUCAUGACUCAGCAUGUAAUGAGUACAAACAGGAAGACAGUGAUAUUGCCCUGAAUGCAAAGCAGCAACACUCUGAAGAUGAUGGAAGAGGCCCAGAAAAGGAUACGGCUUCUAAGGCAGAAAAGGACAUUCAGGAGCACGCAACUUUCCCACAGACACCAUUGGCACAUGAAAUCUCAAAAGAGGAAGAGUUAGCUGAAGAGAGACAAAAAGAUAUUGAAACCAUUGGCCCCACCACUGAGGAGAAAACCAAACAUUCAGUUCCAGAGGUUACUGGUACUUGUGGAGACAGCGAUCCCGCUGAGAAGAGGACAGCACCUUCUAGUGGAGGAGGACCUUCUCUUACAGGAAUUGGAAUAAUAGUAGCAGUUUCUAUAGUGGUACUUGCCGUGGUGCUGCCUCUCCUCCAACCUGAGUCUCCGCAGAAAACGCUGCAGCAAAUAGAAAUCUUUCACCAGGAGAUGGAAAAAGUAAAGUCUAAGUUUCCUAACCAGCGGCCUGAACUGUGGAAGAGGAGCAGGAUCCACCUGGAGAGGCACCUCAACACAACCCAGCCCACAGAGCCAGUCAGUCUGAUCCUGACUGCACUUCCCGGAGCCGAGAGGACACUGCACUGCCUGGCUCGGGGACUGGCCUUCACCUUCUCUUCUGCCCUCAACGCCUCCGUCCUCCACAUCGACGGAGCCAGCAAAGCCAGCCAGGACAGCGAUGAGGUGAAGCUGUACAUUGACCAACAGCUACGGGCAGCCUUUGAAGGAGACAAACCCGUGGCUGUGAUUCACCGCUUCGAGGAGCUGCCCCCAGGCUCCACCCUCAUUUUCUAUCGCUACUGUGAUCACGAGAAUGCGGCCUACAAGAAGACUUUUCUGAUCUUCACAGUGCUGCUGGAGGAGGAAAAUGAGGAUCUCACCAAGAUCCGCUUGAGCAGUGUGGAGGAGAUGGUGGACGACCACCUUCAGAAGAAGUUCAUCUCUCAUGGCCAUCCUGUGGCUUUCGACAGGAUGGACCUUGACAAGUACGGUGGACUGUGGAGCCGUAUUUCUCACCUCAUCCUGCCUGUUGCAGCAGAUAAAAAUAUAGAACAUGGAAGGUGCCAGUGGACAUAAAUCACCAUUCUUGUAUGAACUUCUAGUCAAAGCACUAAACUACUGCCUAUGUUCAUUCUGAGGGUAGUUAAAGUGGUUUUAUACUGUAUGGUAAUCAUGAAGAUCACUACAGAUGAAGGCAUCAAGUAGAAAUAAGCACGCAAGAUCAAUAUUACGCUAUGGGAUAUUUGUAAAAAGGUCUGUUGGCAUUCAUUAUGAAAAAAUGUUUUUCAAAAAGGCUUUGGCACUUUAUUCUUUUACUCCUUUGAUCAAAUGUAGUUACUUACAAAUUUCAAAAGUGAUUGAACUGCAGGUUUGUGAACAAUUUUGAUGGUAACUGCUGGAAUUUGUAUGGUAUAAAAUGUUUUAAUGUUAAGGUUAUUUAAUGUAAAAAUUGAUUGUUCCUCUCGGGUCUCAAAGAGUUAAAAGGUAAAACUCUAAAUUACUAUUGAUAAUAUCAUAUCACAGGGUUUAUUGUUUUUAGUGACAAAGGUCAACUUUUCUUAGAUUCUCUUCCUCUUCUCAAAGCUACAGGGCACCUUAACAAAACUUUCCAUGUUCUGUUUUCUAUAUACAUACACAUAUGUCACACUACGGGAAGAGGUUUUACGGAAGAAAACAAGUGCAUAAAUGAUAUGUGCCUUAAACUGCAAAUAAACAUGUAAAUUAAAA